CUAGAAGUUGUCGAGCAAACAGAUUCAGUGUUCUUGACAUGAAACGUUUUGCUUAGCAAGAAGGCUGGUAACCAGCCAAAAUGUCAUAUGAUUUUCAUUGCUUGACUGGCUGCCAGCGGAAUUCUGCUAAGUGACUGAAUUUCAAGCAAGUUGUUUCAGGCAAGCAUCUCCAAUGUCAAAGUCACCUGUCAAAGUCACCUGUUGUCUUCAAAAUGGAUCACACAUCAAUCACCACAUGGAUAUAAAAACCCGACGGAUGGAAGGGAAAGGAACACUAGUCUUUAUACACGACUCGUAAAGGUGUCUCGACAGACGGGAGUUUUAAAAAGGCGAGAUAAACCGUAAACAUGUACUCGUUUGUACUCGGUGCCGUGUUUUUAGCUGCGGUUCAAGUCAGCGCAUCGCUGAUUGCUUCUCCCGACCCCAACUCCUACAGGUGCCCGCAUGGGUACCAGUUUUACAGCGGCAAAUGCUACAAGGUGGUGACGGUUGCCAAGGACCACGCAGCGGCUCAGGCGCACUGUGAGAGCACAGGUGGUACCCUGGCAAGUCCAAACAGUCAGGAGGAAAUCGAUUCAAUCAUGGACCUGGUCGGUCAGACCACUGCCGUUCCCGACUUACUGUGGCUGGGCUAUAAGGACGAGACGUACGAGGGCACGUUCACGGAUGGUAGUGGCAAGGUUCUGACCCAUCCGACAUGGUCCAACGGAGAGCCCAACAACUGCUGCGGUGGGGAGCAUUGUCUGCAGUUGUAUAGAAACAGCGGCCUCAUGAAUGACUUGGGAUGCCACAGGGAGAUAGGCUUCGUCUGCUCUGCCUGCUCUCAAGACCUGAGCUGUCGCUGUCCAGCACUUUGGCAUGAGCACGAUGGAGACUGCUACCGGUUCUUCGGCCUGCCGCGAUCAUUUGAAGACGGCGAGGCCAACUGCCAGAGCUACCACAACGCUCAUGGGCAGCCGGCCCACCUGGCCUCUGUGAGCUGUCAGGCCGAGAAUGACUUUAUCACGAACUUCAUCGCUCAGUCCUGGCCAGGCCAGGGACUUAGGAGAACUUGGAUAGGAUUCAACGACAUUGAUCACGAAGGAAACUUUGAAUGGACGGAUCACUUGGCGGAGGAAUACACUAACUGGAAAUCUGGCGAGCCUAAUGACUCCAAUAAUAACGAGGACUGCACUGAGAUCAACUUUGAACAGCCCGGGAUAUGGAACGAUCUUGGGUGCCAAACCAAGCAAUCGUCCGUGUGCAAGAUGCCGGUGUUUGACCCGUACGGAGCUUGUCAUAAGCUGGCCGAUAUUAUCACCCACCUCAUCGGCCAAUGCAGCGCCGCUCUACCCGUUCAGUAAAUCAGUUUGCGGAACGACCAAUCAUUAGUUAUGCUUGAAGAAAGGGAUAUCUGUUGCUUAAAUAUGUUGUAGUAAAUAUAUUCAAAUAUACUUUAGUUUAUGGUCCCCCAGGAAUUUUUCUAAACUAUGGAAUCUUUGCUUCUAUUUGAAAACAGUUGUUCGAUUAUGAACGCAUCCAAAUAGUCCAAAAAACGUAUGAUUAAUAAAGCUAUACUUUCCCAUGCUGUGUUUGAGUUUCACCACGAGAAAUAGAUUGUACUUAAAAUGAUUCUUCAUCAACACAAAUGUUAAGUCACUUUUGAAUGAGACAUCAAACGAUAAAAUUGCCCAUGUUAAAGGAUAUUACUUAAGGCACAUUGUCGGGUGUGUGACGGUGUCCGAGGGACGGGGGGGGGGGGGGGGGGGGGGAGGCGGACCAACCCCAGUAGGGACGACCAUCCCCAUAUUCGACAUGUGUCCAUAAGUUUGUUAAUACCUAAUCGUCAAUAUCAAAUAAACUGUCGAACAUUGGCUUAGAGCUUGCCUCGUGCACACAUUUAGAUUUCUAGCAGUUUCGGCAAAUUUAUCGUAAAAUACUUUUCAGUGAAACUUCUGGUCCACUUUCAAAAAAACCCGAAGAACCACCAACCAAACAUCUAAUUUUAAAAAUCUGUCACUUUAAAUUGAAAGCGACAGUUGCUUACAAGAAAUAACAUACCAUGUCCCACUCCCAAACAGUACUAUAGGAUAAUAAAUGAGUAUACCCAACAAAAUA